GGGCAUCAGCUUCCGGUGUGUUUCCAGGAUUUAGCCACAGCCGGUAAAUAUGAUAUAAAUAUAUAUAAAUGAUACCUUAUUUAACGGCUCUAGAUUUAUCUACGUGCAAAAACAUUUGACUUUUAUAACGGAAAUAUUAGUGCAUAUUCAAGAGUAAGCAGAGUACAGGAACACAAGAUAUUAGCUCGGUUAGCUUGUUGGCUAAUAUAAACAUUUAGCAGUUUGUAGCUACAUGCAAGUUAGCACUCUACUUGACUGACAACCUGCCGUGAGGGUGAAGGUUAGAGGUCUACUCGAAGGUUUCAUCCGACUGAAACACUUCAGCCAGUGGAUGUAAAUAUUCUACUAUGUGUAACUUGUUUUGGCAACGUUAGCAUCUGAAAUUAGCUCUAAUGCUAGCUCACGAUGCCCCUCGCUCCUGCAAACCAAUCCCAGCUGAUCCGGUCCAGUCAGAAGGACGAAUAUUAUCAAACCUUCCUGAGAAACAACGCCAACGAAGCUUUUCAAACACUUGCUGGGUCCAAAAGAUGGCUGGACUGGAGGAGAGAGAUCGAGCUGCUGUCAGACCUUGCAUACUACAGUUUAACAACAUUCUCAGGUUACCAAACCCUGGGCGAAGAGUACGUCAGCAUCGUGCAAGUGGAUCCCACUAAAUGUCACAUCCCCUCAGGGUUCAGACGAGGCCUCUUUGUCGUCUGCCACGCCGCCUUUCCUUACCUCCUGGAUAAGGUCCUGGUGUGCCUGGAGAACGAGCUGGAAGGUGGGCAGGAGAGCCGUGGAGGUCUCAGUUGGCGGCAGGCUGCGUCCGGGCCGUGGAGCCUUGAGCGCUGGCUGAGGAGCAGGAUGCGGAGGGCAGUGGGGCUGCUGUCGGAGCCCCAGAGGAGAGUGUGCCUGCCGGCUGUGUUCGUCCUCCAGCAAGGUCUGACCCUCCUGCACAGACUCCAUGUGGCUCUGUUCUACAUCAAAGGCUCGUUCUAUCACCUGUCCAAGAGGGCGGCUGGCAUCAGCUAUCUGGGUGUGACGGGUCUGAACCGUGAUGACGGGAUGAUCCGGAGCAGCUACAGGCUCCUGGGGGCCGUGUCCCUCGUCCAGCUGCUCAUCACUGUGUGUCUGCAGCUCAACAACUUUAGGCAGAGACAGAGGGCAAGGCAGGAGUGGAAGCACUACAGGAACCUCAGCCCUCAGUGCACACGGAGCUCGGACCCCAGAGCCGCCCGGUGUAUCCUAUGCCUGGAGGAUAGGAGACACUCCACCUCCACCCCCUGUGGACACCUCUUCUGCUGGGAGUGCAUCACAGAGUGGUGCAACACCAAGGCGGAGUGCCCCCUGUGUCGGGAGAAGUUCCAACCUCACAGACUGGUGUACUUGAGGAACUACAUAGCCUGAUACUGCAAGCUGCUGCUGGACUGUAAGGCUGUUGUUGACCUGCAUGCAGAACAAUGUUCUCCAGCAGUCACACGGAACUUGGUGCCGAUGUACACAAGCAUCUUUUCUUAUUCCUCUUCUGUUGUUGUUGAGGAAAGGUUGUUGAUUGAGAAUUAAAUGUUGGAUUCAGUUGGAAGUUGUUGGAUCAGUCGAAACGUGUAAAUAUUACCAUUUAAUUAAAACCAACCAGAUGCUAAUAAACUGUGGGAAAUAUUCAAAUAUGUGUUUUGUGUUUUAGGUUGUUUAAAAAAUUAAAUAUGAAAAUAGAUCUCAGGUGUCGUUGUCUUACAGUGUAAGUACGUAUAAUUGUUCAUUGACGGCCUGGUAGAAAAGGAGUCUGUUGUAUGAUGGAAGAUUACCAUUAAAUAAAGUAUAGUAAAUCAAGGUG